AGCGCACGGGGACUGAGUGGAAAAAAGAAGAGAGAGAGAGAGAGAGAGAAACUCAGACACUACACACAGAGAGAGAUUUAUAUAUUUAUAUACUUUACUCUCCGGACACGGUGUGUUCUGACCGUCAGAAUGACGCGGUGCGGCUCCGUAACGCGACCAAACUAUCAGUAGUUGAGCGAGCAGCGCUGAGGCCCCGGCGCCCGCACAGGCACACAGUAACCCCGCGGAAGCGCUCUGCCUCCCCGCCUCGCCCCGGCCCCGGCCCCGGCCCGCCUGCUGCCGCCGCCCGGACACGAGUGCGGCUCUGCUGGAGUCACACAUCCACAUCCAUGAGGCACAGCGGAGGAGUGGAGUAGAGGAGAGACGGAGAGACGGAGAGGAGAGAGUGAGCUGAAAGGGAAAAGUUAGCGAGGAGUUUGUUUGCUCGGAGCUGAAGGCUGGUUAAAGAAGAGCAUGAAGACUGCGGGGGAUUCGGGGUUUGCCUUCCCAGAAUGGGCGUACAAGCCGGAGUCGAGCCCGGGCUCCAGACAGAUCCAGCUCUGGCAUUUCAUCCUGGAGCUGCUGAGGAAGGAGGAGUACCACGAUGUCAUUGCCUGGCAGGGCGACUACGGUGAGUUUGUCAUCAAGGACCCGGACGAGGUGGCUCGACUGUGGGGUGCCCGUAAGUGCAAACCUCAGAUGAACUACGACAAGCUGAGCCGAGCACUCAGAUAUUACUACAAUAAAAGGAUCCUGCACAAGACUAAAGGAAAAAGGUUCACCUACAAGUUCAACUUCAACAAGCUUGUGCUAGUCAACUACCCGUUCAUUGACAUGGGAUCUGCAGGUUCCAGUGUGCCCCAGAGCGCUCCUCCUGUCCCAUCAGGUGUUGGAACACACUUUCGUUUCCCUCCUUCUACUCCAUCUGAUGUUCUCUCCCCGAAUGGUGAAGAGCUUCGCAGUCCUGGUGUGUUUGCCAGUGUGGCACGGCGGGCGGCACGGGGGUCUGUAUCCGACUGCAGCGACGGCACCUCUGUAGCCUCGGAGCUGGAGGAAGUGGGCAUCAGUGCCAGUGACGAGCGCCCUGCAGAGCGAGCCUUCAGAUCUCUGUUCUUGCCACACCACCCGCGGCUCACUCACGACUCUCUGUUCCGCAUGUACGGUGUCCCUCCCCCUGCCCCCGUACCCUUCCCUGCCUCACCUCUGCCUGGUGGCCCCCUGCUGCCCCCACAGCUCUCACCUGCACUCUCCAUGACUUCAACACCAACCUCACACCUGCCCUAUACACCAUCACCCUCACUGGCGUCACCCAUGCCCGGCUCACGCUUCUCCUUCAGCCCUGAAGACAUGAAGCGCUAUCUGCAAGCACAUGCGCAGAGCGUCUACAACUACCACCUCAGUCCACGUGCCUUCCCACACUACCCCAGCAUUGUCGUGCCCCAGCCACAGCGUCCUGAUAAGGGGCUGGCAGGGCCAGCAGCAGGCACACACUUCGCUGCUCACCCACUGCACCACCAGCAGCCUGAAGAGCUGCACCCCUCACCCUUUAAAUUCAAGCUUCAGCCACCACCGCUGGGCCGAAAGCACCGGGAUGUCCCGCCCCCCUCAGCGGCAGGACACGUCCCUUCUGGUACCGCCUCCACAGGCUUGUUUGUGGGCGAAUGUGGCUCUGCCACGGGGCAGGGGUCCAAUUCCAACAGUGGCUCCGGAGGGCCACCAAAGAUCAAGGUCGAGCCUGUGUCAGACAUAGAAUCAGAGGAGGAAGUAGAGGUCACUGAUAUAAGCGAAGAUGAUGACAACUGUGAUGUCUUUGCCCCGUCACACUGCAACGGAGGACCUGCCCUUCUGCCCUGCCCUGAUGGGAUCAUAGACAACGAGGAAGAAGAUCUUGAGGAAGACGUCUUUAAGACCCCAGCAGCACCCCCUUCUGGCUCUGUUAGUGGCAUGGCCAUCGGAGUUGGCAUGACUUUACCGGGCCUCAAAGCCGAACCCAGAGAGGGAAGUCCCAGCAGCCCCGGGGGCACCCAGUGCAUCCCACUGAAACUGCGCUUCAAGCGCCGCUGGAGUGAGGACCAGCGAAUGGAGGCAGAAUCCGAGGAGGCUGAAGACAAAAAGAGCCGUGCCGAAAAGGAGGAGCCCUCAGCCCGAGAAGCGCAACCUCAGAGGGUGCAGCCAAAUGACGAGGGAAGGAGCCCCGUGAGCUUGGCUGCACCUCUGGGCGCGGGCCAGAGGAGAGUGAGCUCCGAGCUUCAGAAAGCAACAGCACAACUGUCUUUAGAAAACAACGGGUGCUGAGGAGAGAACUGUACACACUGUCGCGUGUAAGACGAUACGCACCGAGCUGUGCUUAGCUAGUGGCUGCAGAUACACACAUUCAGAACCAUUGGCUGAAAGAGUAAAUCUAUAUGCAGUAACUCUCAGCUGUUUUCCACACAGGAAUACCUGACACGCGCACAGAAUCAUAGCUUCACUCACUUCAAGGUGCUGAGACACUACAAAUGGCCGGAACUGACUGCUCCUUCUCCGCAGGAUGAUUUGAAACGUCCCGCACCCACAUUUGACCUGCUCAUCCACUCGGGCUGCUCCAUUUCUCAUCACUCUUAUCUAAUUUACAUGUCUAAACUGACCAUGACACACUGUAAUGGACGUGUGUUUUCCUUGGAACUCCUUAGAGACUCUGCUAUUUACAUUAAGGGGAGGAGCAUCACUGCCUUUCAAACCCAGUUAAUGAAGAAGUGCCUGAAACGAUGGUCAGCGUACUCAGCUGUACAGAGCAAUGAGUAACGGAGAGGUGAAAACCUUCCAGACUCAGACUGAGAAAUGGCCUUUCCCACCUCUGGGCUGUAGUGCUUAUGACAGAUUAGACAUGUAAAGUCACACCAAGUCAUUCAGUGAUGACGUUUUAUCAUCCCAGACAUUAAAUUAAGAACAGUCUUCUGUCAGCAAGACGUUCUUAAAUAAGACUCAGGUCCUUGGAGGGACGUUUGCUGAACAAGUUGGCCUUUCGCUGAACAGCCUUGCCUUUUGCUCCCAAAGCAGUACCUCCUUACAGUCACUGCCUUCACACCUUGAUGCUACACACUAACUGCUAAACACUGCCUUAUAGCGCUCAUGGGGUCCAGGAAAGUGUUUCGGAGGCGUAGCAGAGCGCCUCUCUCCCCAGUCCUGUUCACUCAGCCUCUGUUAGUAAAGGGACCAGUUGACCUUCCACUGAUGUCUCCAGAUGUAUAUACAUCCCUGAUACAGAAUAGAUUUUAGUGUUUCUGCCCUCUUUAAAGCUUGGCAUUAAUGCCUGCGACCAAGUAUGAUUGUAUAUAAUGACUGUUUCUCCCCUUUUAAUCAGUUUUAACCCUGAAAGAGACGGUAGUGCGCAAUGAGCGGUUGCUCUCACAGCUGAGAGUCAUGAGUAGAAGAUUGUAGCUUGUUUUUAAAGUUCUUCAAGCCAGUCUAAAGAAUUCUUAAAAAACAGCAGGUUUGUGAGCAGAAAUCUCAGGCAUACGUUAGCAAGACCUAACCUCGACUCUCUGGUUCCAUGAAGCCUUUUAUAAAAAAGAAUUUAAAGUGAGUUUGUGCCUUUUUCUAUACAAGCAGAUUUGCUUUUCUAUUCUUGAAAAAAUGCUCCCACAUUCAAACAGAAAAAGACGCAACCUCAGACUGCUGUAAUGUCUUGGACUUAUAUUUUUUUAGCAGAAAGAAAAUCAAAAUAAAGCCCAUAUAUUGCAUACAUUCAUUAUAUAUAUUUGAUACAGAUUAUCUAUAUUCAAAACUUUGAAUAGUUUUGAUAAUUAUAUUUUUAAAGAUAAGUAUAUUUAAAAUAUGCAUUAAGCAACCUCAAAUAUGUAAUUACAGGGAUCCUACGUUGCUUUUCUGAGAAUGGUUAGGGUUUAUAAAGUGUUAUUAAAGAAAAGACAGAAAGUGAUUGUACCUUAAGCAUUCAUAUUUUAUGGUAAUUGCUCACACAUGCACGAUCACACACACAGAUGCAGAAUGCAAGGCGAAGGCAGAGAUGUUUCAUGCAAGUUGAACCGAGCUGUCGCUCCUCUGCCUCCUCGGUGCUUUCAUUAGAGCCUCUGUUAACGGCGUUGCAGAUUCUGCAGACAUUAGAGCAGAGGAGAUCAUGCAGGAGCAAUCCCUGACCUCAGGAAGUAAAGCAGGUCCUGGCCAUGGCCAAAAAGUUUAAUAUUACACCCUUAAGUCAGUGAAACAUAAAAACCGAGGCAAGUUAAAACAUUUAAUAUGUGUUUAAUGUUUUUUUUUUUUUCCUCCCCUCCAUUGUUGAGUACAUACUGUAAGCAAUUCUGUGGAAGUACAGAACUUUCCCCCUUUUGCUUUAUCCCUUUAUCUCUCUCUUUUUUAAGUUUUAGAUUCAGUUCAUCAAUGCCGCCGCAUUACACCAGCUCUACCUGACAGCUGCCUUAAUUAUUCAUACUGGUUUAAAAAAAAAAAAAAAAAAAAAAAAAGCAUAUAUUUUUCAUAUCUUCAGUAUAGACGUUGCUGUUUUUAUUAUAUCUAGUCAUUUCAUCAUUUAUUAUUUUUAAACAGUGAUAUUACUAUUUUGUACCCUUUCUUCAGAGAUUAGCUUCUUAAAAUUUCAACAAAGUGUAUUCCUAAUUCGUAAUGGCAAAUGCAGUUGUUGCUUUGUAUGCUGGUUUUAAUCAUUAAAAAGCCAGGUGAAGGGGAGGGGUAACAUUAUGCUAUCACAUUAUUUUUAUCUGAAUAUAUUCUUUUUUUUAUCUUUUGUGUACAUAUUUUUGCAUUUUGGUGGACUGUAGAACAAUGAAGACAUUUCUUUAUUGUGUAUAAGGUGUCUUUCUUUUCUGUACAUGUAUUAAUCUCUUCCUCACCGCACAUAUGCUUAUACUCUCAGCAGUUAUGUGUAACACUCUAAAGAAGAUAUGUAACUUGACAUCAUGAGGAAAUGUAUUCUAGUUUCUCCUUUUUAAAACUGUAAUCAGGGUUCAUUAAAAACAGGUAAACAUGAAGCAAA